AUGACAGCAGACAAAGAAAAAGACAAAGACAAAGAGAAGGACAGGGAUAGAGACCGGGAUAAGGAGCGAGACAAGAGAGACAAGGUGAGGGAGAGUGAGAACUCGCGUCCUCGGCGGAGCUGUACGUUGGAAGGAGGCGCCAAGAAUUAUGCAGAAAGUGACCACAGUGAAGAUGAGGACAAUGACAACAACAGUGCCACCACAGAGGAGUCCACAAAGAAAAGCAAAAAGAAACCACCCAAGAAGAAGUCACGAUAUGAGAGAACAGACAACGGUGAAAUAACAUCCUUUAUCACAGAGGAUGAUGUUGUAUACAGGCCUGGAGAUUGCGUGUAUAUUGAAAGUCGCCGUCCGAACACCCCGUAUUUCAUCUGCAGCAUUCAAGACUUCAAACUGUAUGCUGGAGCUGCACAGAAAGCCACUUGCUUACACAGUGCAGAGCAGGAACCUGCUGCCUAUUUGACAACAAAGGGCACCUGUCCUGCUUUUGGACUUCGCAGUGUUUUGGGUAGUGCAGGCAGGAUAUUUGUAAAAGUAAUGCCUUUAGACCUUCUUUUUCAGAGUAAACGGGACCAUCUCCUUAUGAAUGUCAAAUGGUACUAUCGCCAGUCUGAAGUCCCAGAUUCAGUCUAUCAGCAUUUGGUUCAGGACAGACACAAUGAGAAUGACUCUGGACGAGAGCUUGUUAUUACAGACCCAGUUAUCAAGAAUCGAGAGCUCUUCAUUUCAGAUUAUGUUGACACUUACCACGCUGCUGCCCUCAGGGGGAAGUGUAAUAUCUCCCAUUUCUCUGACAUAUUUGCUGCUAGAGAGUUUAAAGCCCGAGUGGAUUCAUUUUUCUACAUACUGGGCUAUAAUCCAGAGACAAGGAGGCUAAACAGUACCCAAGGUGAAAUCAGAGUUGGACCCAGCCAUCAGGCCAAGCUUCCUGAUCUGCAGCCAUUUCCUUCCCCAGACGGUGACACAGUGACACAGCAUGAAGAACUUGUGUGGAUGCCAGGAGUCAAUGACUGUGACUUACUUAUGUACCUUAGGGCAGCAAGGAGCAUGGCAGCUUUUGCAGGCAUGUGUGAUGGAGGAUCCACAGAAGAUGGUUGUGUUGCAGCCUCCCGUGACGACACUACCCUUAAUGCACUCAAUACACUACACGAAAGUAACUAUGAUGCUGGAAAAGCCCUGCAGCGCUUGGUGAAGAAACCUGUGCCAAAACUGAUUGAGAAGUGUUGGACUGAAGAUGAAGUG